CAGUGAUACGACAUUAGGUGUGUGAGUGUGUGUUGGGAAGGGACAUACCAAAUUGUUUCUUGAUGGCAUAUAAAGAAUUUAAGAAUCUUGUUCAAUUUUAUUACUAGUUCGCAAUAGUUAGAAAAAUUAAAGUAAAAUAUUGUUCAUAGAAUUCGUUAAUGGCAGAGGAAAAUGAGUAUGGCUAUAAUCCAACCGCCGGCGACGACGGGGAUUGCAGCGAAGAAGCAACGAGUAAGCUGAGACUGAAAGUAAUAGCUGGACAUCAUUUGGCUAAAAAAGAUGUCUUUGGUGCCAGUGAUCCUUACGUGAGAGUCGAUUUAAAUACUGUAAAUGGAGAUGAUACUGUGGAUUCUGUGCUUACGAAGACGAAGAAAAAAACAUUGAAUCCAGUAUGGGAGGAAGAAUUUAUAUUCAGAGUAAAACCAGUAGAUCACAAACUCGUACUUCAGGUAUUCGAUGAAAACCGAUUGACCAGAGAUGAUUUUCUUGGAAUGGUAGAACUGACAUUGAUCAAUUUGCCUAAAGAACAAGAUGGACGAACUAUUCCUACCAAACAGUAUAUUCUCAGACCUAAAAGUAAUUCUAGUCAUAAAUCAAGAAUAAAAGGCACUCUGGAAGUUUAUCACGCUUAUAUCUCAGAUUCUUCAAGCAAUGUUACCAAUCAAGCUGAAACAUCUGAUUCAGGUGGUUGGGAAUUAUUGGAUCAGCCAACUUCUACAUCAAACAGUCCAGUCGAGCAACCAGCCGAGGUAAUACUGGUAAAUAAUCCAUUACCUCCAGGAUGGGAAGAAAGACAAGAUGCAAAUGGAAGAACAUAUUAUGUUAAUCAUGUACAUCGAUUCACACAAUGGGAGAGGCCUACGGCAACAAAUGCAGCACCAACCGGCGGUAUAACACAAGAACAACGAAAUUUAGACACCGCAACAACAGAAUUUCAAAGACGAUUUCAUAUCAGUGUCGAUGACAAUGAAAGUAGACAAAGAAGUUCAGUUAUUAGUCAGAUUAGCAAUAAUGAAGAUAAUACAGACAGUCCAGCUGGUUCUAGACGAUCAUCUGAAGUGUUAGAAAGUCCGAGACCAUCUCUGACCUCAGUAAAUGGCGAAGGACUUCCUCAAGGUUGGAGUAUGCAAUUAGCGCCCAAUGGUCGAGUGUUUUUCAUCGAUCACAACGAAAGAGCAACAACAUGGGUUGAUCCACGAACUGGAAUUCCAAGUCCUAUGCCUUAUUUCAAUAAUGCUGCUGUAAAAAAUGAUUUAGAUCAACUUGGACCACUUCCUGAGGGAUGGGAGGAAAGGAUACAUACCGACGGAAGAAUAUUUUUUAUCGAUCACAAUACCAGAACAACACAAUGGGAGGAUCCUCGAAUGUCUAAUCCACAAAUUGCUGGUCCAGCUGUUCCUUAUUCGAGAGAUUACAAAAGAAAAUAUGAGUACCUGAAGUCACAGUUAAGAAAACCUAAUAACGUACCAAACAAAUUUGAAGUUAAAGUCAUCAGAAGUAACAUUUUAGAAGAUUCUUAUCGUAUAAUUAGCUCAGUUAACAGAGUUGAAAUCUUAAAAACAAAACUGUGGGUAGAAUUCGAGGGUGAAGUUGGAUUGGAUUACGGUGGACUGGCGAGAGAGUGGUUCUUUUUAUUAUCAAAAGAGAUGUUUAAUCCAUAUUACGGUCUUUUCGAAUACUCUGCUAUGGAUAAUUACACUCUUCAAAUAAAUCCUGCUUCUGGUGUUUGUAAUGAAGAACAUUUAAAUUAUUUCAAAUUUAUUGGCCGAGUUGCGGGCAUGGCAGUUUAUCAUGGAAAACUUUUAGACGCCUUCUUCAUUCGACCAUUUUACAAAAUGAUGCUGGGAAAAGCAAUUGAUCUUAAAGAUAUGGAAAGUGUUGAUUCAGAAUAUUACAAUUCAUUAUUGUGGAUAAAGGAAAAUGAUCCAAGCGAAUUGGAAUUGACAUUUUGUGUUGAUGAAGAAAGUUUUGGACACACAUCGCAAAGAGAACUUAAACCGAAUGGUGUAAAUAUAUCGUUAACAAAUGAAAAUAAAGACGAAUAUAUAAGUUUAGUUAUACAGUGGAGAUUUGUUUCACGUGUUCAAGAUCAAAUGAAUGCAUUUUUAGAAGGUUUCAAUGCACUUGUACCAUUGACAUUGGUGAAAAUAUUUGAUGAACAUGAAUUGGAAUUGUUGAUGUGUGGCAUUCAGCAUAUUGACGUUAAAGAUUGGAAACAAAAUACAUUAUAUAAAGGUGACUAUCAUGCAAAUCAUAUAACUGUUCAAUGGUUCUGGCGAGUUAUACUUUCAUUUAAUAAUGAAAUGAGAGCACGACUAUUGCAAUUUGUCACGGGAACAUCGCGCGUACCAAUGAAUGGCUUUAAAGAAUUAUACGGUAGCAAUGGACCUCAAUUAUUUACUAUUGAAAAAUGGGGGACGCCUGAUAAUUAUCCACGAGCUCACACCUGCUUUAAUCGAAUUGACCUUCCACCAUACGAAAGUUAUCAACAACUCAGGGACAAGCUAAUUAAGGCGAUUGAGGGAUCUCAAGGAUUUUCAGGAGUAGAUUAGCGGAAAAUAUAAUUUUCCAAUAUGAUGCCUGUAAUAUAAUGUAUAUAAAUAUAUAUAAUUGAAAUAUAUAUUAUAUAUACAUACAUAUAUACAUAUACGUAUAUAUUAGGGCCUCCGUAAGAAAUCAUUUUUCAAUACUAAAUUUUCGGUCGUCCUUUCUUUUUCUUUUUAAAUUUUAGAUAAUUUCCAUUUUUAGCUAAUUUUUAUAAAAAAAAAACUAAUUAAUUAUAAAU